AAAUUUAUGCGCGCACCGAUGCUCAUAGAUCUGUAAAGCUAGUGUAAUCCGGAGGCUAUUUUCCACAGCAAAAACCACGGUUUUCUAUAAACGACCGUGGGUGAAUGCUGUUUUCUGGUGCCAAGAGAUCCGGAAAUGCAAAAAUAUGAGCGACUUGAGAAAAUUGGAGAAGGAACAUAUGGAACUGUUUUUAAAGCGAAGAAUCGUGAAACACAAGAGAUAGUAGCACUUAAGAGGGUGCGACUAGAUGAUGAUGAUGAGGGAGUACCAAGUUCUGCGCUGAGAGAGAUCUGUCUCCUGAAGGAGCUGAAACACAAGAAUAUUGUCCAGCUGUAUGAUGUCCUUCACAGCGAGAAAAAACUGACCCUCGUCUUUGAGUACUGUGAUCAGGACCUCAAGAAAUACUUUGAUACGUGCAAUGGAGAGAUUGACCCUGAUACUGUGAAGUCAUUCAUGUACCAGCUGUUGAGAGGCUUGGCUUUCUGUCACAGUCAUCAUGUUCUUCACCGUGAUCUCAAACCACAGAAUCUCCUCAUUAACAAGAAUGGAGAGCUUAAGCUAGCUGAUUUUGGUCUUGCCCGUGCCUUUGGCAUUCCAGUGCGUUGCUACUCCGCGGAGGUCGUGACCCUGUGGUACCGCCCACCUGAUGUCCUGUUCGGUGCUAAGGUCUACACCACCUCCAUUGAUAUGUGGUCUGCUGGAUGCAUCUUUGCAGAGAUGGCUAAUGCGGGGCGCCCUCUGUUCCCUGGUAAUGACGUCGAGGAUCAGCUCAAGAGGAUCUUCAAGCUCCUUGGUACACCCACAGAGGAUACAUGGCCAGGAAUAUCAAAACUCCCUGAUUUCAAGCCAUACCCUAUCUAUCCUGUGACCACACCCCUGGCCUCUGUCGUGCCCAGUCUAUCAGCAACAGGAAGGGAUCUCUUGCAGCGUCUGAUGAUGUGUAAUCCAGCCCUGAGGAUGUCAGCGGAAGAGGGACUCAUGCAUCAAUACUUUGCGGAUCUCAACUCUGUUGUCAACUAGAGGGGGCAGUAUUUUUAUUGUGCAACUCGUAAAUCAAUUAAUGUCAUUCUCAAGAAGCAGAGCAGUAAGAGAGUUUAUGAGAUUAAGAACUAAGAAUAUCCUAGUGAAAACAAAUGCAGUCAGUAAUAUUACUCAAAAUGUGAAAACAUUGGAGUUGAAAUUAAGGGACAGCAUGGUUUAUGUAUAAAAGAUUAUACAUAUGUAUGAUAAUUAUCGUAAGGUGUGUCAAUAUUUGAACUUUCCUGCCCAAACUAUUGAUACACCCUAUAAUUAAAUAUUUGUGAGUAAAAGAGAUGUCGCAAUGUCAUAUUAUGAUGGUAUACUUGAGAUAUUCAAUAUUUUGAAAAGGAGAAUAUUACUAUUUAACUAUAAAGAUGCAGGAAACCCUAUUGUGCUUUAGUUUUUAAUGUAAGAGGAGACGCAACACACUGGCUCCAGAGGGCUCUAAACUCUCCGGUCACCGGAAGAAGAACUCGCGGGAGACCCAGAAAAACUUGGAGGGAAACCAUAGAAGAAGAUGCUAAAACAUCAGGCUUUAGUUAAUAGCUACUUGGAAAGCAGCCAUUAAGGAAAUGACAUGUCCAACCCCACAAAGUGGGACAAAUGGACUCUUAACGCUGAUGAUGAUGAUGUGACUUUUGUUGAAGGCAGAUCCCUUUAAAAUGCUGAAUUUAAAGAGUCAUAUUUUGUGGAUCCUACCAAAGUUAUCCAGUGAACCCGAACACCAUCAAACAUUUCCCAUCAAACUUAAUGAAGUGAGCCAGAAGGUUUAAAACUCACAUAUCUAAAUUCCUUCUGACUCUCAAAUUGAAAGUUUUUUGACGAUCGGUUAAUUCAUCAUACAUUCCUGCUGUUCAGUUGAACAUGGACGUUAAAAAGUGGCAAGAUUAGACAGAUGUAUUAAAAUGCUGUGUGUAUCUUUGUUGUGGUUUAGUGAAUUUGAUCGUAUAAUGAUGUCCUAUUUCAAACCAGCACAGCGUUAAGCAUUAUUUGUUGUUCUUAGGAUUGUGGUCCUCAUGGUGGUCAUUUAAGAUCUUAGGGGAGUAUGAAAUGUUUAUAAGUGGGGGUAAAGACAUUUGAUUGAAUGUAUGUACUACAUACAAGUAUACAUCUGUAAUAGAUCUGUAAAGCACUUAGAGGCACCGUCGAUGUAUGAAGAGAAA